AUGGGUGUCCCAGCGCUCUUCCGAUGGUUGUCCAAGAAAUACCCAAAGAUCGUCUCUCGGGUCGUCGAGGACAAGGGUAGUAAAGUCACCAACGGCGAUGGAGAGGUGGUGGACGUACCUACGGAGUAUGGGAGCGCCAAUCCGAACGGCUUCGAGGUGGACAAUCUAUAUCUGGACAUGAACGGUAUCGUCCAUCCUUGUACCCAUCCGGAGGGUCGGCCGGCGCCCGAGACGGAGGAAGAGAUGAUGGCGGAGAUCUUCAAGUAUACGGAGCGGGUAGUGAAUAUGGCGAGGCCGAGAAAGGUGUUGAUGAUGGCUAUCGAUGGAGUAGCUCCCCGAGCCAAGAUGAACCAGCAGCGAGCUCGGCGGUUCAGAGCAGCUCAGGAAGCUGCGGACAAGGAGGAAGAAAAGCAAGAGUCGAUCCGGCUCUUCGAGGCGAUGGGUCACCCCGUUUCGGAGGCCACGCGGAACGCCAAAUCGUGGGACUCGAAUGCCAUCACCCCCGGGACACCCUUCAUGGAUCUCCUCUCCGUCUCGCUCAAAUACUGGAUCUCUUACAAGCUAUCAACGGAACCAUCAUGGGCCGGUCUCAAAGUCAUUCUCUCCGAUUCGUCCGUUCCAGGAGAAGGCGAACACAAGAUCGUCGACUGGAUCAGACGACAACGGUCAUACCCAACCUGGGACGCCAACACGUCGCACGUCAUCUACGGUCUCGAUGCGGAUCUCAUCAUGUUGAGUCUGGCGACGCAUGAGCCGCACUUCCGGGUUUUGCGAGAAGAUGUCUUCUUCCAGGGUGACAAGGGGAGAGGAAAGUGCAGGAACUGCGGAGCGGAUGACCACAUCGCGCCGAACUGCAAAGCUGCAAAGAAAGUGGACGAUCCCAACGCUGUCGCUGUCGUCGUCCCCGUCGACCCCAAACCCUUCAUCUGGCUGGACGUGGCAUGUCUCCGCGAAUACCUCGCCGUCGAACUCGCCCUGCCCGGUGUUCCGUUCCCCUUCGAUCUUGAACUAGCGAUCGACGAUUGGAUCUUCAUGAUCUUCUUUGUCGGAAACGAUUUCUUGCCGCACCUGCCGAGCUUGGAGAUCCGGGAGGGAGCGAUCGAUCUCUUGAUGGGGAUCUGGAAGCGGGAAUUGCCGCGUAUGGGAGGAUAUUUGACGAACCACGGGAAGGUCAAUCUCGGGCGGGCGCAGAUCAUCCUGGAGGGGCUGGCUGUUCAGGAGGACGAUAUCUUCCAGAAACGGAAAGAUGAUGAAGAAAGGCAAGAUGCCAACCAAAAGCGUCGGCGGCAGGAUGACCACCGACGACAGGACGAACGGUCCAAGCGGGAGACAGGGCCCAAGGCCGUCCACGCGCCUACAGGUGCUCCCGGUAGCAUGCAGCUGAACGGCACGGAAUACGUGCCCGUAAACGCCACUGCUCGGGGCGGCGCGCUUCACCCGUCCCUCCCCAGCCGGCCUCAAUUCGAUAUCGUCGACAAGAAGCUGAGCAAAGCGGAGAAGGAGGCCGAAUCCAUCAGGGCAGGCCUGGCGAAUAUGGAGGGGUCAAACGAGGACAUUGCGCUCAAUCGCCGCGCGAUCCGGAUGGCGAAUCUGGACGCGGCAGCGAGGCUCAAGGCCGAGCUGAUGGGGACGCCGAUGCCGGAUGAGCCGGUCAUAGAGGUGGAAGUCAAGGAGGAUGAUGAGAAGGCGGAGAUGCCAGCGGAAGAGGCCAAGGCGGCUUUGGCGGACCAGGAGGAGGCAGAAGGAGGCGACGAGGAGCUCGACCCGGCUGCCUUGGGUAUCGAGGACGAUGCGACCAUCGACGAGACGGAGACCCCGAUGGAGUCGGAAGCGCCGAGCAGGAUGAGCCCUGCGUUACUCGAGAAGGGCCGGGGGACGAAGCGGACGGCUAUGGAAGCUGAGAUUGAGGAUCCGCCCAAUCCGGAUGCGGAUCAACCGGUUUCCAAGAAGAAGCUCAAGUUCAACUCGGACGGGACAGUUGAGGGUUAUGUCGACGAUGUCAGAUUGUGGGAGCCUGGAUAUAGGGAGCGAUACUAUGAGCAGAAGUUCGGGGUUCCUACUUCAGACCACGCUUUUUUGAACGAGCUUACUCGAUCAUACAUCGAAGGUCUCUGUUGGGUACUGGAGUACUACUACCAGGGCGUCCCCGCUUGGGACUGGUACUUUCCCUACCACUACGCCCCCUUCGCCCAAGACUUCCAAAACGUCGGCUCCCUGCAAAUAACCUUUGAGCCGGCGGAGCCAUUCAAGCCUUACGGCCAACUUCUUGGCGUCUUCCCCGCCGCUAGUCGGAUACAUCUCCCCCUCCCCCUGCAAAAACUCAUGACCGACCCCGACUCGCCCAUUAUCGACUUUUACCCCUCGGACUUUGAUAUCGAUAUGAACGGGAAGAAGAUGGCGUGGCAGGGCGUGGCGCUUUUGCCGUUUAUCGAUGAGACGCGGUUGUUGGCGGCGCUGGCGAGUAAAGAAGGGGAGUUGACGGACGACGAGAAGAGGCGGAAUAGGUGGGGUGAUAGUGUCAUGUUUGUAGGUGAGGGGAGUGGGCUGUACGACACGUUCUGCGGUCUUUAUGGGUUGAAGGCGGCUACAAAGCCCAUCGCGAUGGACGUCAAGGAGUCACAAGGGGUCUCUGGGUCGGCGCUCAACGACCCCAACUGUGUCCCGAACGCAGCGGUCGACACGCCGAUCCCAUCACAACUCGAAUGGCAGGACGUGCAAAACAACACCUCAUUGUCUGUGCGAUACUACUUCCCCAGACAGGCACACUCGCAUCGCUCGAUCCUUCUCGGCGGUUUCCGGCCACCACCCAACGUGCUCUCAGAAUCCGACAAGGAUUGGGUCCGGCGCGGCGGACCGGAUGCGCAGCGCGGGGGCGGUGGAGGCGGACGGGGCGGACGAGGUGGGAGGCACUCCGGACCGGGACCGGGACAGAGGGAUGGGCCCGGGAUCGUCAAUGGGCGGAGAAACGGGCCGGGGCAGGCUGCGGCCGGAUUUGGAUCAGCUCCAGGCGGGUACGGCGCGCCGGCUUACAAUGCUCCCCCCGCAGCGUACAACCCGCCGGUGGCCGGCUAUGGCUAUCCCCCUCAGGGCUACGGAGGAGGAUACGGUGGUGGACAGGGAGGCGGGUAUGGCGGAUACGCGCCGCCUCCUGUGGUUAACUACGGAGGAUACGCGCCUCCCCCGCCAGGAGCAUACGCCCCGCCUCCUCGGACCGGACCGUACGCGCCUCCCCCACCUCAGAGCUACGUUCCGCCAAGAGACCCGUACGGCGCUCCGGGGUAUGGGCAGGGUGCAUACCCGCCUGGAGCGUUUGGAGGUGGACAGUCAGGAUACGGGAGGGUACGGAGGGCGUGGACCUCCAAGACCGCCUUAUCAGGGUCAAGGGCAGGGACAGGGCGGUCGUAG